CUUGUAUCUUCGUUGGGCGUUUUUCAGUUCAUUUUCACUAUGAACAUCAUCAGCCCCAUCUAUAUAAGACCGCAGAUGGGCCCCAAACUAUCAAUGGUUCCUUCGUCCGAGAAUCCAACUUCCCUCACCACCGCGCCCACGUAUGCGCACUUCCCGCACAUUCCCUGCAUUUGUUGAUGCUCAUCACCACCACCGCCUCAACCACCUCGUCCAUCACCUCCCCCUCGCACAUCAUGAGAUCCCUCGCAGCGUAUCCUCGGCCCGAGGGCGUCGACGAGAUACCCAGCGAGCGCCUGGACCUCCGGCCCGACGCCCAAGUCGACCACGACCUCCUCCACCCCAAGCCCGUAACGGACGACAAGAACAUCUGGUUCUUCUGGCAUCGCGGCUUCGCGCACAUGCAUCCCUACGCGCGACGCACCGUCCGGGCCUGGCACCGCCGCUUCUCAAAACAAGGCUGGGUGGUCCGCGUCACGGAUCGCGAGCCCGGCUCCCCGCUCAACAUUGCCCACUUUCUCGACAUCCACGACCCCGACAUCUUCCCCAGGGCCUUCCUCGAUGGCACCAUUGGUGGCGACUACGCGCCCCAGCACACGUCCGAUCUCGUCAGGUGGCCGCUGCUCAACACGUACGGCGGCGUGUAUGCCGACGUCGGCAUGAUACAGAUUGGCGACCUCGACCGACUCUGGAACGCCACCGUCGGAGACUCGGAGUCCCCGUACGAGGUCCUCACGUACAAUGCCGGCGGCGUCGACAGCCGCAGCCUCACCAAUUACUUCUUCGCCUCGGGACGCAACAACCCGCUGUUCCAGCGCUGUCACAGGCUGUUCCUGGCGCUCUGGGCCGCGGAUGGCGGCAGGUCGAGCACCGACGGCAUGCACGCGAGCCCUCUCCUCGAGGGCGUACCCAUGAUGGGCGCCGACAUGUCCUUUGAAGAGGACGGAAAGACGUACGGGCCCGCCGAGGUCAGCAAGAUGCUCACCGACUACAUCAUACAGGGCCAGGUCCUGACCAUGGUCAUGGGCCUCGUCGACGAGGCCGACGACUGGAACGGCCCCGCGUACGUCGCCGAACACGUCUGGACGACGGACUACAUGGUCGGCUCGCAGCUCAUCAACGACAUGACGGCGUGGAACGGCCCGCGCCAGUUCGAGCUCAUGUCCCUCCCGCUGCCCCGGGCGGGCGACGACGACGCGGAGACGGACGACCAGAAGCUCGCGCGGGAGAUUGUGGAGGCCUGCCUGUCCAAGAGCUUCGGGUUCAAGCUCGCGCACGGGCUGAUCAUCAGGGUCUUGGGCCAGACGCUCGGCUCCCUGUGGAGGAAGCACGACGGCGCCGACGACGUCCCGGGGACGUACGGGAACUGGCUGCGGUACGGCACCGUGCAUUGGUGCCCCAGGGAGCUGCCCCCGAGGUUGGAGUUUACGGCGGCGCCCGCUGUCAAGAUUGGGCCGCUCUUGGGAAAGGGACGCCUUGGGCCUGGUGCAAACGGCGGCGUCCCGGGCUUCGAGGCCCAGAAGUAGACGAUGUUUGUUCAUGACUGUAAACGACUGGCAUUAUAGAAGCGUGAGACGGAAUAUUGGAUCUGGCC